AUGCUCUUCCUGACCUUUGGACCAAGGCUACUGCGCUGGAAUCUCAGCGCUUGCCAGCGCCUGAUUUUGUGCGCCUGCAGCUACCUGGUGAUGCUCGGGCUGGGCCUGGUCCUCGCACAAAUGUUGCGGGCGGGCGAGCCGGCUGAGCAGCUCUUCCUGAUCCUCGUGGCGAUCAACGGUCUUUGCACAGGACUGGUCCAAAAUGUGGCCGCCUCGCUGUCGACCAGUGUCCCAGGCGCGUCUUCGGCCUUGCUCUUCGGAGAGUCACUCAGCCCGCUUUUGGCCGUGAGCAUCGCCAUCAUGGCCGAGACUUUCAUGGCCAAGGGUGGGGUCGCUGAUGGUGGCCUCCACGAGGCCGCUUUCUACACCAUCGUGACAGCAGAGAUCUUCGUCUGCAUUGCCAUAGUCGGCGUUGUUUUUGCGUGGCGCUCCGAUGCUCUGGCAAACCCGGAGCAUGGCACCAUUGCUGAUGCUCUCGAGAUAGGCGGAUAUCGGGAGGAGUACUUCUGGGAGAGAAUGCACGUACUCCUGUGUAACUCGUGCGUGGCACUCCUGGCCUGCUGCGCUUGGGUCUUUCUGCUGUGCGCUUCGCCCUUUAUCGCUGAGGGGCUCUGUCAAGAAGCCGGCUGCGCAGAAAUUCUGCCACAGCGGAUGAUUUCCACCGCCAACAUUGCUGCAACACUGGGUCGGUUCUUGGCUUUGAAGGUGUCCCAUGCGCCCGGGGCACCGAUGCUGGUUCUGGAGAGCUUGAGCCUUCUUUCUCUGGGCCUGUUGAUAACUCUUCCCUGCGUAUGGCACUGGGUGCCAGAAAUGCCUUUCUAUGAAGCCCUGGCGACUGGGCUACCGAUCGCAGGAGGCAUUACGUUGUGGAGCAACUCCCUCCUCAUGCGGAACGACCACAGCUCACAAGCUGCUUGCGGCCACAGCAUCUAUGCACCAUGCCCAGUCACGACCGAGAUCACAUGGCUAUCACUGCAGGUGGGAUCCAUUUCCGGAACGCUACUUGCCGCAACGCUGUGA